AUGCCUCCUCGAGCUUCGUCUAACCCCAAAUCCUUUGAACGUGUUCUGCUGGACAAGAUUUCCCUAGACGAUCAAAAAUGGGAAUUUCAGGUUCCGCGGCUACCCACUGCCGAAGCAACAAAUGGGUUGAAACUCAUCAAAAUGGUCAGCCUCUCGACCAAAAACUCUCAACAUCGGCUCGAACUCCGCUAUGGACCUGUGGAUAUGAAUCGUGCUAUCCAAGACCUGCCCCUUGACCGGUAUCUGGUCAUCUCGCUGGCUGAAUUUCGCUCUCUAAAAGGCGCCAGUCCUUCGUCUUCGUCAGAGGGAGCUACAGACAAAGUAGUACAACCAACAACUUUCAGAGAAUGUUCAGACUAUGCAGUCAGGCUUCUUCGUACAGGGAUCACCAUACAAGGAGUGCAUUACAACUUUUACGGUCACAGCAAUAGUCAACUCAAGUCUCGCACCUGUUAUCUCUGCGCAGCCUCCAAAGAGCAGAUUACACAGAAAGUGGAGGCAUUGGGUGACUUUACAAAGAUGAAGACUGUAGCCAAAAAAGCAAAGCGAAUUGGGCUACUAUUUUCAGUUGCUCGCGCAGCAAUGCAAGUUGAUCCGAAGAAAGUCGAAGACAUCCCCGAUAUCGAAGUGGGAGACUUUAUAUUCACAGACGGCUGUGGGCUGAUAGCACCCGGCCUUGCCAGCCAGCUAUCACGUCGCAUCAAGAUUUCGUUUCGAAAUAUGAGAUACACACCUUCUGUCUUUCAGAUACGAUAUCGUGGAUACAAGGGCGUGGUGACGUUGGAUCCCACCAUGCCAAAGGGCGGACCAUGGCUCAAGAUGAGAAAGUCGAUGAAGAAAUUUAGCGGCGGCGACGACUUAUCUUUUUCGGUUGUAGAAUACUCAAAGCCAUAUGUAUUUGGACAUCUCAACGACGAGGUGGUUGUUCUUCUCGACGCGCUGGGCAUCAGUCGACAGACUCUCCUUCGCAAACAGGAAGAGCACUUCAAAUUUCUCGCCGAGGCACAUCAAGACCCACGAGUUGCGUUUAGAAUACUCUGCCAUUUAAAUAUGCCACAGGUUGCCGAACGGGUCAUUAUUGAUUCGUUGGACGCCGUACGGCCAACAAUCAACAAACUCAUCAACGCUGAAUAUGACAAGAUGCUGAACAAGCGAGACGAACAAAAGUGUCGUAUUCUAAUCCCGAAAUCAAGGCUCUUAUUUGGAGUUUGUGAUGCCUGGGGCGUCUUGAAACCGGGCCAAUGUGCCGUCAAAGUGACCAUGGAUGGGGACGGACAGCCUUACGCAUUGAAAGGUAUGAAGGUAUUGGUAACGAGGAAUCCUUGCUUGCAUCCAGGAGACCUUCAGAAGCUCGAUGUUGUGGAAAGGCCUGAACUUGCACACUUGGUUGACUGUAUCGUCUUCCCUACAACAGGACGACGACCAGCCGCGGAUAUGAUGUCAGGAGGCGAUCUGGAUGGCGAUACAUUUUUUGUGACGUGGGACCCAGACAUCAUCCCAUCGACGGUAUCCCAAGCGGCACACUAUCCAGGGGUCCGUGAACCCUUGAGGUUCUCGCCAAUUACAGAUGAUGACCGCUUACUCUACUUUGCCAAGUAUACAAACGCCUCACUGGGUCGCGUCAAGAACCUCUAUCUGAAGUGGGCGAGAGCCACUAAUGCCAUGAGCCCCGAGUGUCAGGAACUCAACCGUCUCUUCUCACAGUGCGUUGAUGGUAAUCGCAUCAAGGACGAUCAGCUCAGGAAAUUCGAGAAACCGCCGGAACCAGGUGCAGAUGCGCCCCCCUUUGUUCUGGACGAGCUUCACGAAGCAGCCAAGAAAAUCAUCAUAGAACAAAAAAACAUGACCCGGAAUCACAUGAAUAAUAUGGAAGGGUAUACCUUUGACGGCGUUCAGCUAUUGCUGUGUAGAGACGAUAUUGCCAUUUCUGAGGUUGAGUUGAUCAGGAUGACUGUGAGAUGGUGUAGGAGAACAAACACCUCCUUCUACGAUUUGAUGCACAUGUUUGACCUGAAUUCUCUAAGUUCAGAAGAGAAGGCAUGGAUUUUAGCCCAAGUACCUGCGUACAUUGAUGCUCCAAGCCUAGUUCUCAACGCUCUCUCCUCAUCAAGCCUGGUCAGCGAAGCGGAACUGAAGCAUUUCCAUCUCAACUAUCCCGGUCUUCAUUGGAAACGCGUCUACACGUCCGAAGAAGACCGACUAGCCACCUUCUUGGAAGCAGCAAGCAGAAAUCUCGAGCUGUUUCAUAAAAAACUAAUCGUCUUCCGCCCAGAUGAGCGACUGACAUUGGCAAUGUACGUGCCGCAAAAGAUCACGCCGGCCGAUGACUUUGUGGUGGGCAAUAAGGUGAGGCUGUUUGCCUUUCCGCACUCUCAGGGGAGAGAGACGCAAAGCCGACUUUCUCUGCCGACGAAGAAAGAGUAUAGACUCUUUUGCGAUGAGAACAGAUUGCAGUUGUUUGAUCGCACCGUGGGGAGCACUUGGGUAUUUAUUGGGCGUUCGGGAUCAAAUGAUAGUAGCUACCGGAAUGCGGCCAACGAACAAGAUCGCAGAAGGGCAAGGCAACAGACUCUUGCGAAUGGAACCAAUGUUGAUUACAGAGCGAGCGUUGCGCUGGAUAAGUUUAGUAGGAAUCUACAGACGCAUAUUGGGAGACUACAGAGGCAGGGCAUCUUGGCUGCGGAGAUUUAUAUCAUCAGCAAUAGAGAUGUCAGUUCGAUGCGCAAUCUGGACCUAUGGGAGGACUACAUUGGGACCGAGCAAGUAUUGCCCCUAUUCCCUCGCGAACCCAAGGAGUACGAUGUCCCAAAGCUUCAUGAUGUCGACUGGUCUUUGGGCGCGCAACCUCCUCUUGUAGUCGAAGUUGCCAAAAGGGGAAAUUUGUCUGCUCUGCAAGACGUCUUAGAUCCGGCAACCUUGCAGCAACUCUUCGCCUGGCUGGUAGAACGUGAGCAGCGAGGGCUACUCACACGCUGCUUCGAACACUUGAUUACGAGCAUCAGGAACGACAAAGUGAUGGCUCCGGCGGAUACUCUGCGCACCAUGGCCGAUUUCUUGCAGACGAUGCCCUACGUCUCAGCUACAUUUGCCAAUCUGGGCUCGUGGAGAGAACUGCCCGAGGAAUUGAGCGUUGUUCUGCAGAAUAGCAGCCAUAUACUACUCCGCAGCAUUAUCCUAUCGGAAGCUGAAUUUGGAGACCUUGUGCUCACUCCCUUCCAUACCAUAUUGGACAAUGUGGAUUGGCUUAAGUUGACCUCCUUUGCCGACCUCGUCGAACUGAUUGCGCUUACCGUUCACUCGUCGAGCACGGCGCUGGAUCUUCUUCUCGAAGGCCUUGAUAGACACAGCUCCAGGCUGCUAACUGGUAGGCCAGCCAUUGUUCAAAAUUUUGUUCACAACAUGAUCGGCAUUGCGGUAGAGCACAUUGGAUCAGUGCAGGAAGAAGCAAAAAAGCGAGACGAGCUUCUGAAUAUCCGAAUCGCCAACAACGAGAAAGAAACAAACUCGAGCACAGAUCAACCAGGGACUUCAGUCGAAGUCACUUUUAGAAUGGAUGCCAUUGGCGGCACACCGAUAUCCAAUACUCACGUACGACUCAUCGCAGCCAGUCCGCCGUCAAGCUCGAUUUUAGACAGGGUCUAUUCAAUGGAUGGUCUAGUCGUCGAGAGCAGGUCGGGGUUUGCCAAGAUACGUUGUUUUCAUCCACCGCCGUCUUACGCUGAGAAAUGCUCCUGGAUACUGCAAGAGUGUGGCUUGUUUGUGACUGCAAAGACGAUGCUAGAUGCCGUGCGUGAUCUUGCGACUUAUGAAUACGCUUGCUGUGGAGUGCUUGAUCAAAUCAUUGGAAUUCAGUCCCAAGUUGUCCCCAGCGCACCAACUAUUGUUGAAAAUGCAAACAACGAAGUGGCAUCAACUUCGACUCUAUCUACAGCAGAGGCUUCAUUAAAUCCAAGUCAAAAAAUCGCAGUGGAGGCAUCACAGAACAACAAACUUAUACUAGUCACUGCUCCGACUCAUAACGCCGUGGACAAUGUCAUGAGACGAUAUCUCGGGCGAAUCAGCCAGGAAGGUCUCUUGCAGGGCUCAAAGAUGACUCCCUUGCGCGUGGCGACAGAAGUCCGCAAAGUCGGCGAAGACUUACGAAAGUAUACAUGCGAUGCGUUGGCUGGCCAGGAAGUACACUCUAGUCAUAAUGCCAUGCGUGAGGCCAAGAAGCGUGUCAAAGCCGCCGGGAUCAUCUUCACGACGUGUAUCGGAGCUGGAUUAGGCUUGCUGAGAGAUCAGGUGUUCGACACGGUGAUUGUCGACGAAGCAUCCCAGCAGACAGAACCUGCAUCGCUUGUGCCGCUGGCAAAAGGGUGCGAAAAGGCAAUUCUCGUGGGUGAUCAUGUACAGCUGAGGCCGACUGUACAGAAUAUUGCACUUGCGUUGGACUUUGACGUCUCACUGUUUGAGAGAUUAUAUACUCGAGAUAAAACAACACCAAACAUGGUCAAGGUGAUGCUGGACACACAAUAUCGGAUGCAUCCCUCUAUAUGCAGUUUCAUCUCGAAGGAGUUUUAUGAGGCAAAGCUAUUGUCUGGGCUCAGGGAUGAAGAUAGGCCGAUGCCGCCUUCAUCUUUCCCCUGGCCAACCUCUCCAACUACCAAUGAUUCAACGCAUCUCCCUCGGAUGAUCUUUGUCGAGUGUUCUGGAAGAGAAGAUUUGGGCCACAAGUCUAAAUCUAAUAAAGAGCAGGCAGACUUGUGCCUCUCGAUUUGCAAACUCCUACGCACAACUAAAGCUACAUCAUCGACUGGAACAGACGCCAACAGCGCGCAGGCCACUAAUAAUACAUCUAUCGCCGUGCUGACUCCUUAUUCACGACAAUCCGAGAUUCUCCAAAGAUCGCUUUCCGGAAUUCCCAACGUCGAAAUUUCUAGUAUUGACGGCUUUCAAGGGCGCGAAGCCGAUAUUGUUAUUUUUGUCACCGUUCGCUGUAACGAGAGCCGAGAGAUUGGGUUCCUCAAGGACCUGCGUCGGAUGAACGUAGCUCUCACCAGGGCCAAGUUUGGAAUGAUUGUGGUGGGAAACAAGGCGACUCUGACGGGCGGGAGGGAGGAGGAGGAGAGUACAGGAAUGUGGAGGAGGUUUAUGCAGCAGCUUUCUAGCGUUGAACUUUGA